UAAACCUUCAUUAAGGGUAAGGAAGACAUUUUCAAUGACACGUUUGUAGACUUCCUAAACGUACGCUGCAUGAUUUCCUUCCACAACCGAUUUCCUUCUACAACCGUUUCUCCAAGAUCUCCGUUUCUCCAAGAUCUCUUUCCAAAGAUAUUUUCCUUCUUCUGCGUUCUUCUUUGCUUGUGCCAACCACGAACGUAUUGAUCGGAUUUCGUCCAGAAGUGAAAGCGUUGCUCGGAUUCUGGUGCUCUGUUAUUCCUCCUUCGUCGUUCUUCUUUCCGGCCUCCUUUGUUUUUGUCGAGUUUGAACCUAUCGUAUUUGGUGUACGUACUGCGUUUCGAGUUUUUGGCUCCAGGGCAACGAUUCCAUGGAGUUCGAUUCAAAUGAUGUUCCCUUCAGUGCAUCUGAAGCCGUUUCUCAAUCGUUUGAUGUUGAUACAAUGCAAGUUUCUCCGAGAUCCACUAUGUACUGCACACCGGUUUGUGACCCUACUUUUAAACCGCGUGUUGGUAUGUUGUUUAACACCUUGCAUGAUGGUAUGAGUUUUUAUGAUCAAUAUGCAAAAGUUUGUGGUUUUGAAUCACGUAAAAGUAGUCAAAAAAGGGCUCGUGAUGGCGUUAUUGUUUGGAAACAUAUGGUGUGUAAUAGGCAGGGCUUUAAAAAUGUGUCUAAAUCUAAGACGGUUGCACCUAACAGUGAUUCCUGCAAGAAUGUUGAUUUAGAUAAUGUGUUUAGUGGUGAAAAUGAAGAGUUCAUGACUGAAAAUGAGUCAUGUGAAUCUGAUGGAUCUGAAAAUGAAGAGGAAGCUCACGUUGAAGAUUUACCAACUCCGGGCGUAUGCGUUGAUGACGACGAGAAAAAAAGACGCACAGUUUCUAAUAGGUGUGAUUGCAAAGCACGUGCGGUUUUUAGGCUUGCAGGCAUGGAUGGAUAUAAAAUUACAUUUUUUGAGGAGAGGCACAAUCAUGGUAUGUCUUCUCCCUCUUCUAUGCCGUUUUUAAAAGUCAACAGGAAACUUGAUAUUGGUCAUCAAAAAUUUUUCCUAAAUUGUGCUAAAGCCAAUAUCGGUACCAUGAAAUCUUACCGAUUGUAUAAGGAAAUUGUUGGGGGUUAUGCCAAUAUCGGUGCUACGUCUGUGGAUUUUAAGAAUUUUAAACGCGACUUGAAGGCUUAUUUAGUUGGUGUGGAUGCCCAAAUGUUGAUAGAUAAGCUAUUUAGGAAGAAAGAGAUUUCUUCAGCCUUUUCAUUUGACUACGAUGUUGAUGAGAGUGACCAGUUGACACGUAUAUUUUGGGCGGACCCAGUGUGCAUAAAGAACUAUGCGUUAUUCGGGGAUGUUGUCUCUUUUGAUGCUACCUAUGAGACAAACAGGUUCUGUUGUUUUAACUAAUUCUUCCAUUCUUUAACUUACCUUUAUUUUUUAAAAUUAUAUGCAGUUGAAAUUCUGUUUUUAUUAAUUCUGUUUUGCUUUGCAAAAUUCUUCGUGAUGCACAUGUUUAUCCUAUUCAAUGCAUUUUUUGUGUUUUUUAAUUCACAAUGCAGGUAUGACAUGGUUUUUGCCCCUUUUACUGGCGUUGAUAAUCACAAAAAGUGCAUUACUUUUGGUGUGGGUUUGUUGUCGAAAGAAGAUGUGGAAUCAUAUGUUUGGUUAUUUCGUUGUUUCUUGAAUGCAAUGGGUCGGGAACCCAAGUGCAUCAUAACAGAUCAAGACCCAUCCAUGAAAAUUGCUAUUCCACAGGUUCUCACAAAAUCAUGUCAUAGAUUUUGCAUGUGGCAUAUUAUGGAGAAGGUGAGUAAGAAAGUUGGACCUGUUUUGAGUAACAAUUCUGAUUUCAUGAAGGAAUUGAAUUCUGUUGUGUGGAGUCAUUAUUUGCAGCCAGCCGAAUUUGAACUGAGAUGGACCAAUUUGAUGAAAGAAUAUGACCUACUUAAUCACAAUUGGUUCUCACAGAUGUUUGAGAUUAGGAAUAUGUGGAUUCCUGCUUAUUUUGGUGAUAUAUUUAUGGCGGGUUUGCUUAGGACUACAUCACGUUCUGAGAGUGAAAAUAAUUUUUUUAAUGAAUUCACGAAUCCUAAUUUCAGUCUGGUGGAGUUUUAUAUGCAGUUUGAGAGUGCAAUGGAUUCUCAAAGACAUAAUAGUGCACAAUUGACGAAAGUUUCUGAGUCCUCUAUUCCCGAGUACAAGACCCCGUUACAUAUUGAAAGAUAUGCUUCUUCUGUUUAUAAUCAUUCAAUUUUUUAUCUCGUUCAGAAGGAAAUAUGUUGUGCUUGUUUUUCUUGUGUUGUUCUCAGUCUCCAUCAUGAAGGUUGUGUGUUUACGUAUGUCAUAUCAGAUGAACGAGGUUUUAAUUUCACAGUUGUGCACAAUAGUACUGACGGUUCUACAGUUUGUUCUUGCAAACAUUUUGAAAGGAUUGGAAUAUUGUGUCGUCACAUUUUUUUUGUGUUGAAAGAGAAGAAGGUCAAUGCAAUUCCAGAUAGAUAUGUGCUACGUCGAUGGUGCAAAGAUUCCAUUCUAAAGCCCCUUAAUUCAUUUGAAGAUGGUGUUUUUCAACAGUGUGUUGACACAGAAGAACAAAACUUAGCUAUGAAGACAUUGUGGUCCGAUAUUCAUUUCUGCGUUGGAAUGAUUGACCAUAAACCUCAAUUGUUUCAGCAGUUUGCAGAUGCCAUUAAGGUGCAGAAAGAAUUAUUGUGUAGCUCUCAAGGGAGUAGUGCAGCAGCAUCCACAAAAAGUGAUGUUAUCAAAAACUUUUAUGGGUCAUCUAUUCCUACCGAAGUUAAUGUGCAUCCACCUCAGCAGUCCCGAAACAAGGGUUGCGGUAAGAGAAUCAAAGGUGGCAAGGAGAAGGCUAUUGAAGUGAGCCAGAAGACUAAGAGAUUAUGUAGAAAAUGUAAUCAAAAAGGGUAUCAUGACAGUAGGAAUUGUCCUUUGAACUCGGAGGAAUGAUGUUUUUUUAUUCACUUUUAUGAAAUUUGCUUUUGAUCCUUUUUAGCAAUGAAUGUUUAUUUCUAAUCAUUUUUGUGAAUGGCAAUUCCAAUCUAUACGAAUGAUUAUUGUUUUCAAUUUAUUUUUUUAAUUCUUUGUUUUCC